CAAUGCAUGCCUGUCUAUCUGCUUCCAUUCUAUGGCCUGGCUGCUGUAUUGUUUUGAUUAGGAAAAAUCACUUGGGCUGAUAGAUAACAGCUACGGAUAACGUUGUCAGAGUGUUUAGUGUCAGGAGGGGGGGCAUAAACCACAUCCAGGAUACAGAGGCUCACUUCCCACACAGUCAUUUGGAAGAGAUCUCCCACAGUCUCAGAGAAGCCAUGGAUGAACAGACCGGCUCUCCUGCAGCCAACACUGACAACAACGGCCAGAGAAAUGGAGAUGAGAAGCCCCGGCGCGGCAGCUGGACCAAGGGGAGGAAGAGGAAGAAGCCGAUGAAGGACAGCAAUGCACCCAAAGCGCCGCUAACGGGCUACGUUCGCUUCAUGAAUGACAGACGGGAGCAGCUACGGGCUGAGCGUCCGGACGUGCCCUUCCCAGAGAUCACCAGGAUGCUGGGCAACGAGUGGAGCAAGCUGCCCCCCGAGGAGAAGCAGCGAUACUUGGAUGAGGCAGAGAAAGAUAAAGAGCGCUACAUGCGAGAGCUGGAGAAGUACCAGAAGACGGAGGCCUACAAACACUUCACCAGGAAGGUGCAAGAGAAGCAGAAGGGCAAGCGGCACAGGGGAGAUGUCGGGCACCAGGUAGCCAACGAGGCUCUCCACGAGAAGGAUGCAGAAGGGAAGGACAGAACCGUGUUUGACAUACCAAUCUUCACAGAGGAGUUCCUCAACCACAGCAAAGCACGUGAGGCUGAGAUGCGGCAGCUGCGUAAGACCAACAUGGAGUACGAGGAGCGGAACGCAGCGCUGCAGAAACACGUGGAGAGCAUGCGCGGGGCGGUGGACAGGCUGGAGGGCGACGUGAUGCAAGAGAGGGGACGCAAUGGGCUCCUCCAUCAGCACCUGGAGACCCUGCGCCAGGCGCUCACCUCCAGCUUCUCCUCUUUGCCUCUGCCAGGUAGUGGAGAGACACCCAAUCUUGACACCAUCGAUUCCUACAUGAAGAAGCUCCACAGCAUCAUCGUCAGCAGCCCCCAAGACCACGAGAAUCUCAUCAAUACCGUGAGAGAUGUGGUCAACCGUUUGGACAGAUAAUUGGUGCAGCUGAUUUGAUGGACUGACAUUCAGUGGAUGCUGCCUCUUGCCUCUUCCUGUCAAUCCGUCAUCCCAAUUGAUUUUAAGUCAUCUUUUAUUCCUCUUCGACGAUGGUGUAGGUGAAUGUGAUGUAGUGUCUCAUAUUUAUUUAUUUUUUGUAACAUAUUUUUAAAAACUCUGUUCGCACUUCGUUGAUAUAGCUGUAGUUUGUUUUCUAAAAGUAAUGGAUCAGAUGACUUGGAAGUGCUUUUCUGUCACUCUGCUUUCCGUCACAAUGCUUCCACAGGAACAACUAGAACAUUAUCAAACAAGUUCUGAUCAAAGAGAAAUGUGUCAGUAGGUUUGUAUUUAUCACAUCCAAGAGAGAUUGUUUCUGUUCUGUGUUUUUUUUUUAUGCUCCGUUGAAGGAAAAUGUGCCAUUUAUUAGUUUCUGUGUGAGAAGGUGUGUUUUCAAUAAAUGUGUUUACUUCAGCCGU